AUGAGCGAAGCUCCGGUAGUGCGGAAGGUUAUUCCACAGGCCCAGUCCACCGCUAGUGGUCACACUCAGAUGACAUCACGGCAGCCAUACAUCACUGAGACAUCCACCUCCAAACGUGUGUGCUUCUAUAAAAGCGGCGAUGCCCAGUUCAGUGGUCUGCCUGUGAUCAUCAACAGCCGCACCUUUAAAACUUUCGAGGCUCUCUUGGAUAGCCUGUCCAAGCGUGUGCCGCUGCCGUUUGGAGUGCGCACCAUUACAACUCCUCGUGGUCAUACGGCGGUGCGGUCCCUCGACCAGUUACAUCAUGGUCAAUCCUACAUCUGCUCUGAUCGCCGAACCGUCAAACCCAUCGACCUGGAACGAGCGCGCCGGAAACCGCCUCCCUGGUAUCACGCUCGUCCUGUUAGCGCCCGCCGCUUGGCUUGGUACACACACAGCCCUGCUCAACACGGAACCUACAGCGCCAGACGGAACGAGCGGGUCCUGUUGCACACACCAAAGCGGCUAGUGCUGUUUCGUAAUGGAGAGCCAGAAGUGAAGCACACACUGACGCUGCAGAGGAGAACAACAUACUCCUUCGAAGCACUGUUAGAUCACAUGUCAGAGGUCAUGCGCUUCCCUGUACUCAAGCUAUACACACCUGAAGGAAGAAGGGUGGAUGGGCUUCCUGCAUUGAUCUUAUGCUCCGGGGUAUUGGUGGCCGCUGGCCGAGAACCCUUUAAAAAAAGCAACUAUGAUGUCCAGAAGUCAUCUCCACCAGUGUGGCCACCAGCUAAAAGACUGGGACGGCGGCAUCCAAUAACCAGUAAGUUCAUUAAUUUGCCUUUUAUUCCAAUUUCUGAGCUAACAAGUAAGACCUACUCGUAUGACACAGAGAAUACUUUGAGGAUCCAAACAAAGCCUCUAACAGAACUGAUAGAUUUUCAAGCGCAAAAAUUCUACACAGUUAAAAUGUCUGUAAGGCCCGACAUGAAGCCAGUACUUGAUCAGCUUUGCUAUGCCAUUCAGUCACUUCGUGAGAUCACACAACGCAAGCGGUCAUUAUGUUUGAAAACGUCCAAAUGUCUGCCAGAUUUUUCUUCAAACUUGGCAUCUACAUUUGGCUCUUCCUCCAGGGUACUCCUUGCCUUUCUUUCUGUCGUGACUUUAAAGGAUGGCUUAAGCCAUUUAAAUACAUGUUGUCAGACUGAGACCAACCUAAGAUCUGAAGCUAUGCUCAUGCUGCAGUCUCUAAAUGAACUGGCAGUAAUAGAGGAUGCAGAGCAUCUAAGGACAAGUCUGUCUGACCUCUACAACUCAGCAUCUGUUCAGCUGCUACAGAACUGGAAGGGCUUCCAAGUACUGAGCAAUAAAGCAAGAAGUAGCAGUGCCACACCAGACACCACUGGGACUGAGUCCCAUCACAGGCCAAGUUCAGAUGAGGAAGAACAUUCUAUCCAAGUGCUGAUGGAACAUUUAGGUGUUCCUGAGAGGGUCCGAGAGGAGCUAGCAGCCCUCAACCAUACAGAACUUUUCAGGGUGAUGCUAUACCUGACUCAGAUAUCUGUGAAGAUAUGCCAUCUAGUGAAUCUAGCUUUGGGGCAGAAAAAGUAA